AUGGUCCAAGUGAAGGCAUGCAUCAAUGGCAGCAGACAACAGCGGCGACGAGUAGCGGCAGCGGUGCCGAACGGCAUGCUUGGUGGCAUUAUUUCAGCCAUUCAAGCAUGCCGCGGUGAUGAGCAGCGCACAUCUUUUUUAUCACUUCCACCUUUUCUUCUUUUUUUACACCAGAUCAUAAGUGCUCAUGUUCAUGCAUACAUACAAGCAAUGGAAAAAUUACAGCUGGAUUUAGCGACAUCAAGUGAUUUGAUUGGAGUUGAGACCAAGAGCACAGGACUCUUCUUAAGAGGAAAAGAACCUUCGAAGAAUCAUUCAUCUGUUUUUGCUCUGGGGGAUAGGAUUAAUAUUCUAAAGGAAAUUGAUCAGCCAUCAUUGAUCCCACACAUAGCUGAAGCUAAUUCUCAAAGAUAUCCAUAUGAAGUUUUGUUUAGGAGUCUGCACAAGCUUCUGAUGGAUACCGCUACUUCUGAAUACCUUUUUUGUGAUGUUUUCUUUGGAGAAGAAUCUAUAUUCUAUGAAAUUUUUGCAGGACCAUUUGCUGUUCUUGAUGAACAUUUCAAUGUGGCUCUUUCAAAUUGUUAUGAUGCCAUUGGUUUGAUGCUUAUGAUAUGCAUAGUUCAUCAGCACCAGCUGGUCAUGUUCAGGCAGCAAAUUCGAUGCUUGGAUUCAUACCUCGACAAGGUCAAUAUUUCUUUGUGGACUCGGUUCCAGUUGGUAUUUGAUAUGCAUGUCAACAGUCUACGAAAUGCCAACAUAAGGUCAUUAUGGGAAGAUGAUGUCCAUCUUCACUAUGUAAUCAAGAGCUCAGUUGAAUUCACAUCAUCUCUUGGUCACCUCAACGUUGAAUAUGGAGAUGGAUACAAUCUGCUUGAUCAGAACAUUAAAACAUUACGAAUGGCAAUUGAUGACCUGCUUGUUAGGCUUGCCAAAAAAUUCACAAAGCCGAAGUUGCAGAAAGCGUUUCUUAUACAAAACUAUGAGAUGAUAAUUGCUAUACUGAGGGAAGGUCGUACUAGAGGUGGAUUAAGAAAAGCACACUUUGAGGAAGUGAGAACAGAGAAAUACUUUGAUGAACUGCGAAAAAGCAGCACAGUCGCAUUUAUUCAAGAAAUUCUGCUUGAGCAUUUCAAUGAUCUAAUCAAAUUUGUGGAGUCACGUGGCUCCGAAGAAUCAAGUUUCAGUGCCGAGAAUCCUUCAGUCACUGAUCUUGAACCGCUGGUGCACGAUGUCUCUUCCAGAUGGAAAGCUGCUAUAAAGUUGAUAGAGAAGGAUAUCACCGCAUCUUUCAGCAACUUUGAGAGUGGAACAAGGAUCGUCACAUUGACUUUGACAGAGCUGCUGCGAUAUUACACAAUGUUCAGAGAAAGGGUGAACAAAAUGGAAGGCGGUACUGCUUUGACCAGCCAGUUGGUUUCAACAUUCACCUUUUUAUGUGAAAUCAGAAAAUAUUUCAUAACUUUCUAGGUAUUAUUUAGACACAAAAAUGGAUUCCCCCCCUCUAAUCAGAAUAUUUUGCCAAUUAGUUUAGUUGGGUAGUUGCUUCUAAUGUUCACUCUAGUAAAACAAAUGGUGACAGAACUAGUUCAUGUAUGAUGUAUCUGUGAAACAAAUGAGAAAUACAGAGUGAUUCAUUUUCGUUGGA